UAUAUGUUUUGGUGCACCGUUAGUUUUUCCAAGCUUUUGCUUCUUGUCAGGCGUCGUUUGACUCGUCGCUGCUCCAUGAAUGGUCUCAAAAGCAUCCGACAUUUCCUUUGACAUCCACAGGGAGGCGCUCGCGAGGAAAUUUGAAGCAAGCGAGUGAGGGUUUUGUUGACGGAAGUCCUUCCCACGGAAAUAGAUAAAAGCAGCCAUGGUGCGGGUGAAGUCAAGGUACUUGCUGUGUGAGAUAAAUGUGUCGGACAGAAGCAACCUGCUGAAGCUGGAUGAUCGAGCUGUAGCGGGGGCAGUGAGGGCAGCAGUGGCCCGCAUUCACGGGGACUACGGGGCAGCUCUAUGCAGCGUCCGAUUCUGCGUGAAAUAUUUAAAUGCCCACACUGGAACUGUAUUUCUCCGUUUCCCCAAAGGCUGUUACAAGCUCCUCUGGUCUGCUUUACCUUUCAUUACCAGCAUUGAAAGUCGUGGGCAAAUAAUCCCAUGUUUCUUCAACUGUUUGCAUGUGGGAGGAACAAUGAGAACAUGUCAGAAGUUUUUGAUCCGAUACAACACCCAGCAGCUCCAUCAAAUGCUCCCCAAAUGUAAAAACGAAGAGGAAAAAAGGCAGAUUCGAGAAGCAAUUCUGAGCUGCACUCUAACCGGCAGAAACGAUGAAACGUUUGAAGAUGAACUGAUGAGUGAAGAGGAUGGAGAGUAAGAACCUUACGUGGCACGUUGGCAGCUAAAUUCAAGUUCUGUUCAAGUUUUUGGUUUAGGUUGGUUUUGCUGCAGGACUGAUAGAAUGGGCUUUGUAAAGCAGCAGAAGAAAGCUUGCUGUGAAUGGAUCCACUGUUAUAAAAAAAAAAGCACAGGACAUAGAUGGAUACACCUGCAGUUUCAUACCCUUUCACUAAUGGGCUUUGAUUUCUUAGCUUUCUGUAAAUAUAUGAUUGCCAUUUGUAUCUAAUAAACUUAUUUUGGAUAUGUGUUUUGA